AUGCCGGGAGCCACGAAAGCGCAACCGCGCUUCGUGUGCGUGCCCGGCGACGAUGUGUCCCUCUCCUACAAGACCGUCAGGGCCAAGCCCCGCCCCGCGGGCGCCGUACCGGAAAUGGAGACCCUCCUGAACAUCCCUACUCAAGACCUCGAGGACCUUUUGAAGGCCGCCCUGACGCGAGGCAAGGAGAUCCUGGAGGAGACGCGCGGGAGCGGCAGAGCUUCGCUGCUCACGCGCGUCGCGUCGGAGAGCACGGCCCGGGACCGCGACAUUCAGGCGGUCACGUGGCUGAUACCGCAGCUCGACGCCCCGGGGGGGUCCUGCUGCGACGCGUUCUGCCGAGCGAUCAGCGUGGAGGGGGAGCGGGAGCUCCGCGCGAUGCCGCGCGGUGACGGCGAGCCCAGUCGUCCGAUGGAUGACGGUCGCGUGACGGCGGAGGUGACGGUGGGCGGGAAGACGACCCUCCCCGUGGACAUCGCGCCCGUCUGCCAGGACGUCUUCGCCGCCCCUGGCGGGCCGGCUGCCGCCAUGGUGGCCCUCCAGGGAGCGCGGACCGCUCUGUCUGGCGGCCAUAAGGGGACCGAAAACGGCGGUCUGUGUUUCGCGACACGCAUGGAGGUCGGCCGCGCGGAGCGUCGCGCGUCCAUCGUCAUGUACGGGGCGUGGUCCGAGGAGGCGCCCGGCGUCAUAGUCCUCACGGAGACCAACGAGGGCGCGUCGUCCGGCGACCCCCGGCGCGUCGCCAAGCUGACGGCGCGCGCGCUGCGGAACUCCGACGACGCGCUGAGGCAGCUGUGCGUCGACGCUCUGGUGCCCCCGAUGCAGGACGGCGUCGCGGCGCAUCUCGAGCGCGGCGACCAGGACUGGGACGCGGCGGGGCGGUUCCCCGCGGUGGCGCUCAACAUCCUGCAGAGCCUGGACUUCUCCCGGCCGCGGGCGUUCCUGACGCUGUCCGAGGGCAUGCGGUGGCGUCGGGUGCGCGAGCGGGCGCGCCGCACGGAGUCGGGCGUGCCGCUGCUGCGGCUCGCUGCGGAGAUCACGGACGGCGACGCGUUCUGCGCGCAACACGCCCCCUCGCUGCCCUGGAAGCGCUGCUUGGGCACGUUCGAGGAGAUGUUGCCCUUGUUCCAGGCCAGGGCAUGCCAAACUCUGGGACGCGAGGGGGAGUCUGCGAUCCUCGAGAAACUUCUACUGAAGUACGCUGAGGAGGGUGGGAUGUACACCCCGGGGGGACUGUCGGCUGUGGAGGACGCGAUGCGGCGCAACUUCGAGAAGUUCGACGCUCUGAUGGCGGAGAUGGAGGGGCAGGAGGCGGCGGGGUGGGCAGAAGGUCCAGAGCAGGACGUCGAUGACGACGACGACUGGGCUGAUGCACCGCCCGGCGACACAGCUGGCUCCAUGGACUUCACCCGCCCCGUCGUUGCGCCUGUGGACCCCAGCGCGGCCACGACGGGCGCGCGCCUGAAGGCGGCGCGUGCGGACGCAGCGUCACGCUUUGUAUGUGUGUCGAUGCGCAAAGCGUCGCUGGCGUUCAAGACCGUGCGAGCGCAGCCACGGCACCGGGACGCGCGGCCCGAGAUGGAGACGUUCCUGAAUGCCCCCCAGGACGACGUGGAGGAGAUGCUCGCAGUCGCGCUGCGUCGCUCGAUGGACGUCUUCAGCAACACCCCCCCUGAUCACAGGGGGGGUCUAGGCGCGAUGCUCACGCGCGUCGAGUCGGAGUGCUGGGCCCGGAGCCGCGACCUCGAGGCCACGUCGACCUUCAUCGUCUCCCCCGACUGCACCGUCGCAGCGAUCUGCAACGCCAUCGACGUCGACGGGCGGCGGCUGCGUGCGGGGUCGGGCGCGCACGGCGCCGGCGCGCGGCACGUCUUCGCGUCGCUGAAGACGACGGGGCGCGCGUGCGGGACGUACAACUGCACGAAGUUCAUCGCCGCCGACCAGGCCGCUCUGGCCGCCUCGGUCAAAGCCGUGAACACGGCGGUUGGCGACACGGGCGGCGAGUCCGAGUCGCUGCACGAGUGCUUUGCGGAGCGCGUCCGCACCGAGGACGGGCGCGAGGUCGAGGUCUUCGGCGGGCUCUCGGAGCGGUACCCCCACAUGAUCCUUGUCGGGGGCGGGUGGGAGACUUUCGGCGGCGACGCGGGGGAGGCAGCGGCGAGCUGGGACGGCAACGUCGAGGCCUUGGCGAAGGUGGUCGUCCGGGGGCUGCGCAGGCUCGGAGCCCUGCGUGCCCUCUGCGCGGGCGCUUUGCUCCCCCCCCUGAGCAAGGCCGACGCGGCGGCGAGCGUGCCGCCGGCCAUGGGCUGGGACGGGCGCGGGGGGUUCCCCGCGGUCUCCGUGAACGUCCUGCUGACGACGAGGGGGGACAGCGUGGCGCCCGUGGUGUGGCUGGAACUGCCACGUGGCAUGCGGUGGCGGCGGACGGGGCCCGCGCGCGUGGUGGCUGAGGUCGAGAGCAUGGAGGACGUCAAGAAGGCGCACUGCCGGAACUACGGAACGACGUGGGACGUCAUCGCGCGCGCGGCCGCGGAUCUCGACGGCCAGCUCGGGACGGAGGCGUCGAUGGGGGCGGAGGAGCGGCACGCCGCCGUGCAGUCCUUGCUGGACACGUGCGCCGCGGUGCGCCUCCUCGCGCACGUCCCGGAGGACUGCCAGUGGUAUAACGAGGGCAUCAUGAGUAAGUAG